GGGGUGUUCCAGCGCCGUGCCCGGGACGGGCAUUACCCAAAAGGCGGAAAAAAAAAAAAGGCAGUAAUUAAAGUCGCCGCUGCCGCGCGCGGUCCCACCCUCCCCAGCGGCCGGCUCCUGUGGCAGACGGGAGGGGACAGCAGAGCCGGGCUCCCGCGGAGUCGCGCCGCCACCUCCGCCGCCACUUCGCACUCGCUCCCUUCGCCCGCCGUGGCAGCACCGACGGCGGCGGCUCCCCCCUUCCCGCCCAGCCCCGCGCACCAUGGCCCCCGCAGCCCCCCGCCUCGUCCUCGGCCUCCUGGUGCUGAGUUUGUGCUGUGAAGCUUGCAAGAAAGUAAUCUUUCAUGUUCCUUCUGAACUAGAGGCUGACACGUUAGUUGGCAGAGUUGAUUUGAAAGAAUGCCUUCAGUCUGCAGAGUUUAUCAGUUCCAGUGAUGGGAACUUCAAGGUUCUAGAGGAUGGUUCUGUGUAUACAACAUCUGCUCUUUCUUUGUCUGCCGAGAAAAAGACUUUUACCAUAUUACUUAAGGACAUUCAAGAGCAAGUUCAAAAGAAAAUACAUGUUGACUUGGUGGAAAAAGAAAAAAAGACACCAAGUACCAGGCAUGCUAGGGAUACAGUUCUCAAGAGAACCAAAAGAAGGUGGGGCCCUAUUCCAUCUGUCAUGAUAGAGAACUCACUGGGACCUUUCCCACUGCAAAUACAGCAGGUCCAGUCAGACACAGCUCAGAACUACACAAUUUAUUAUUCUGCAAGUGGACCAGGAAUUGAUCAAGAUCCAAAGGGUUUGUUUUACAUAGAAAGAGAAACUGGAAAUAUCUUUGCUACUCGUGCGGUAGACCGUGAACAGUAUCCAAGUUUUCAGAUCAUUUGCUUUGCAACGACUCCAGAUGGUUAUUCACCAGAAGUACCACUUGUGCAUACAAUCAGGAUAGAGGAUGACAAUGAUAAUGCUCCAUAUUUUACACAAGACCUUUUUGAAUUUUGUGUCCCUGAAAAUUCCAGACCUGGUGUUGUUGUUGGGAAAGUGAUUGCAGAGGACAGAGAUGAGCCUUAUACUCUGCAUACCACGCUGAAAUACCGCAUUGUGUCACAAACCCCACCGAUAACCCCAGCGUUUUCUUUACAUGGUGACACCGGGGUCAUCUCUGUAUUACUGCCACAGCUGGACAGAGAGCUUGUACCCAGUUACACUUUGUUAGUUGAAGUGAGAGAUAUGGCAGGUCAGCCUUUUGGUUUGUGCACUACAGGAACAGUUGUCAUCAAAAUCGAGGAUACUAAUGACAAUGCACCAUCCUUUAAACAGUUACAAUAUGAAACACGAGUGGAAGAAAACAGAGUGAAUGUAGAAAUACUGAGAGUCUCUGUUGUUGAUCUUGAUGAACCUGGUUCACCUGGCUCAGGAGCAGUAUAUGAAAUUAUAAGAGGAAAUGAUGAUCAGGCCUUUGAAAUUACAACAGACAAAAACACAAACGAAGGAAUACUGUGUGUUGUUAAGGGACUGGACUAUGAAACUGCCAAGCAAAGGAUCCUGGUGAUUGCAGUCAACAAUGAGGCACCCUACCUGCUGGCUCCCCAUUCCCAACAGCUUUCCCAGAGCACCAGCUCUGUUACCGUGCAUGUCCUGGAUGUGGACGAGGGACCCGUGUUUAAACCCUGUCUGUUGCGCUUAGACGUUAAAGAAUGCGAAGACGUUGGGACGGCUAUUGGGAGAUAUGUAGCAGAAGAUCCAGAAACUGGAAAUAGUGAGGGCAUAAGAUACCGGAUACCACCUGGCCAGUGUAAUUGGAUCAACAUAGAUGACAGAUCGGGUGAAGUCAGAACUGUUAGGGUCUUGGACCGCGACCUAGGAGAAAUGAGACGAGGUCAAUGCAAUGUCACAGUCCUUGCAAUAGACAGAAAUGGUAAAACAGGCACUGGAACAAUCCAGGUUUGCAUCGUGCCUGGCAACAAGAAUUUCCCACGACUCACUCAAACGGACUAUAUCAUGUGCAGAGACAGAAAACCGAUUUGCCUCACGGCACAGGAUGGCGAUGAGGCUCCUUACAGCGCACCCUUUGAGUAUCGCAUAACUGACCGCAGACUGGCUUCCAUGUGGAAGCUAACUCCACACGAUGAUAAUUCUUGGUAUCUUUCACCAAAGAGUGAUAUUCCAUAUGGAAUUUAUGAAAUUCCUGUAAGUGUGAUUGAUAAUGGAGGAAAGAUAGGGGAGAACACAGUAAGAGUUAAUCUCUGUGAUUGUGUUACUCCAACUGAAUGCGACGGCAGAACUCGUCAGCUUUCUGGUGGAAAUGUUACCCUUGGUCUCUGGGCCAUCCUUGCAAUGAUCUUGGGAUCAUUAUUAUUGCUGCUAAUCCUGAUCACAAUUUGUGGCUGCUGUGGCGCUGGGGUAAUGCACAGGCAGGUGACUGAUGAUUGUGCCAAUCACAAUUUAAUCAUUUCAAACACAGAAGCUCCAGGAGAAGAAGUGAUGGAUCACAAUAUAAUUCCUCUACAAAAUACAUGUGAUCAAGGAGGGUAUGGAGUAAAAACAGGAGAGCAGCAAACAUUUGAAGUGGUAAAAGGAAGAGGGCAUACCUUGGAAUCAGUCAAGGGAGGUGGACAUCAGACACUGGGAUCAGUUAAAGAAGGAGGAGGACAGACUAUGAUGGAUACUUGUAGAUACUCCUACUCAGAGUGGCAUAAUUUCACACAUCCUCGUUUAGGCGAAAAGGUGCACCUAUGCAGACAGGAUGAAGAACAGAAGCAUUCUGAAGAUUAUCUCCUUUCAUAUAACUAUGAAGGAAAAGGAUCCUUGGCUGGCUCUGUAGGCUGCUGCAGUGAUCAGCAUGAAGAAGAGGCACUUGACUUCUUAGAUCAGUUGGAACCCAAGUUUAGGACAUUAGCAGAAACAUGCAUCAAAAGAUAAAUGUGCCUUUCAGAGUGCUGAAAAAAUCCUGUAAAUAAAUGGCUGUCAUACUUUUGUGAUGUUAGGUACUUUGGAGUUGAGAGGGGUAGAGGUUUGUCAAAAUUGAGAUAGACUGGUAAGAGUGUAAAUAACUCUUGCUUUAAAUUUACAUUUUCUUACACUGUACACAUACUAUCAGAACAAAGGGAUUCAAAAUACUUUUUCUUUAGUUAAUAUAGUAAUGCUAGUUUCUACUUAGAUUACGUUUUGCAUUCUUUGAGAUUGCUCACAAUGCAAAAGUUGGUGUUCUUUUAAUUAAUUAUCCAGCUUCAAAAUUUUAUUGUAUUUGGCUUUGGAGAAGGAAAGCUUUAUAACUCACUGUUUCUUUGUUUUCGUUUAUUUUUUGUAGAAAUGAAGCAAACCAUAUUGUUGGUGGAUAUCAAAUACCUUGUUAACUUAUAUGAGCUGAGAUACGAAAUAUUUUUUCAUUUUGGACAUAAAAAUACUCAUGAAUAUAUUAGAAAACUUUACAUUUUGAUUGAAAAUGAAAUAUAUAUAUAUAUUGUAUAUAUGUAAAAUAAUAUUCAAAAAUAUAUUUUUCUCCUAAUGGGUUACCACCCAUCAAACUUGCUAUCCUAAGGGAUUUAUGGCAUCACCACAUAGGGUAUCAGCAUUGUAUGCGAGGAUGUAUUUUUCUUUUAAGGAAAUAAGAGAUCAAAAAAAAAAAAUCAUGCAAUAGAGGAAACUAUCGUACUUCAAAUGAAUGCAAUAUAAUCUCAUGUUUACUUCACACAAGUUUGUACCUCAGUUUCUUGUGAGUUUUGACAUAGUAUCAUGGCAGAAAUUAUGACCAUUGCCAAGAGUUUUGUCCAGUGUACCUACCACUACCUUUUCUACUUGCCCUGCUAUGGACUUCAUUAAACUGUUUCUUUUUGGAAGUAGAGCUUGUCAGAAGAUGGGCUCAAAUGGAUUGAGAACAGUGUUAAUAAUGUGUUUUUGAGAUAACAUUUUUAUCGAGAUGCAGAAUUACAGUGGGAGAAACCAUCUGUUUUGAGUGUAAUUUGGGGUAGUUGUAGAGGUCAGCGUUUACACACGUCUCUGGCAGAAACCAUCUGAAUCCCAUUUGUAACUGUACUAGAUUAAGCAUACAUAUACACUAUAUAUAUAUAUAUAUACACACACAAAAAAAGUCUGAAAUACCUUUGGCAGAUGACAGUAGUGGGACUUGAAUGCUGCCAUAAGCAGCAGGUGGUAUUCCACCUCUGCUUCCCAGGUUUUAAGUGUUUUUUUAAUAUUUGCACUCCUGGUUAAGUAAUCUGUCUUCUGCACUCUGGGAAUUCUCUUGUGCCUUAAAAGAACAUCUCAGUGCCUAUGAGAAACUUGUGCAAUUACUUAUCUCUGUAGCUAUAAGUCUGCUUUUGGCAUUUGCUCUGUAAACGUACGCCUUAGAGAUAUUUUAAAAAAUUUACUAUAGCUAAUGAUCUAUAAUAGGAAUAAUUGCUAACAAACAAAAGUCAUGCUGCUCUAAAUUUCAGUCACUGCUGACUUCAGUGGUUGCAGUUCAUUCCAUAAGAAUUAUGGUCAGUGAAAACCCGUAACAGUAUAGAAACUUAGCAACAUUAUAAAAUAGUACUUUUAAAACUUUAUGUUUUACACUGUGAAUGGGCUUCAGAAUAUUUCUGGUAAGAAGUAGCUCUGGUUAAGAACUUCAUAGAUCAUUGUUAAAUAUAUUUUCCUGUAUCAUUUGAAAGUGGUAAUGAAUUCAUCCUGAAGUAAAUACACUGCCGUGGCAAGAAUGACAGUCAUCAGCAGCAAAAUACUAGAUGAGAAGCAAGGUGUUACAAACUUGCUUCUUUUUAAAAAAUGUGUUCUAACACUUCUCUUCUGAACAGCGCUCAUCUUUAUCACUAACAUAAACAAAAUUUUCUGUACAUUUUCUGACAGUCAGAUCUGUGACUGAUGCAAGUCAGAAUUUCUCUGCUGAUGCCAGUGGAGCUAUGCUGACUUUAUGUCAGGUGAAGAUCUGUCCCCUAGUGAUUUUCUUGCUGCUUUGUCUUGCAUUUUAUGUUUAGUUAUUGGCUAUACACUUUAAAAGGUAAUAGUAAUGUCUCCCUCUCCCUCUCUUAAUGUUUGGUGGUGUUUUUGUUUGUUUGUAUCUUAAAUUAUAUUAAAAAUCCUGUGGUUCAGAAGGACCUAGGAUAAAUAAUGACUGCACUCUUUUGAAAAUUGCUUGGAGGGUGGUGUAGAGAAACCCUGGCGAGAAUGGUUUCUUUCCUCAUGAAAUACAGUAGUAAUACUUUUCUAAAAGAAUCGACCAAAUUUGUAUGAGCUUAAAUUGAAACAAUGUUGGCUCUUUUAAGCAGAUGGUUGUCGACUUAUCAUCCUAGAGUUAAAAUAAUACAUUACUUAAAUCAAAAUAAUACUUUUCUAGUCUAAUUUACCUUAAAAAUGUCUUCCUUGGUUUUGUUUUUUUGGUUUUUUUUUUUCUUUUUUUUUUACAUUUCAGCAAAGAUAAAUAUUUCUUUUUUCCCAUUUAUAAACAAACUAGAAGUCUGGAAUCACUUCUACUUCUUUGUUUCUUUCAAAAAACUAAAAUUCUAAGUUGAACCAGUGUUUCUGUAAAACCAAGACUAGAAGUGAGAUGCUUUGAAAAAAGAACAGCAAAAUAUUUUCAUUAUAUCUUCUAAUUGUGUGAAAGGAAAUUUUGUAUAAAGCAUUAAAGUUUACAGAUACCAAGUACCAGGUAACAUUUGUGUAAAUCUUAUAAAUUGAAUAUUUUAAAAUGCAUAAUUCACUUGUUGUUACUGUCUUGAAUUGCCUUAAAAAUUGUGAAGAUUUCUUCCCUGCAACUAGGUAAUCUGCAAUCUACCUAGCUGUGUCAAAAUUAUCUUAACAUCAUAUUUUUAAGUUUAUUUUGUACAACAGUGAGUAAUAAAUUUUUUGCAAAA